AUGGAAGUUUCUUUACAGGUGGAGGAAAAGGAAAUGGAUACUCGACAAGCAGCGAGUGUAGCUCCGCCCACUCUAAACGCCGAUUUGGCUUUCAAUAUCGGUCAGCGUACCGUAGACACAAUGAAACAUGUAGUGCAACCUGGCAACCCCUGCACUGAUCCUGGUAGAGAUGCAGCAAUGCCAAGCGUCGAUGUUGGCCAAGCGCAGCACAAGAUACCCCCAGCUCAACGCCUACCUGAAGGGAAUCGCUGCGCAUUUGCUAAAAAAUCUGGCCCAUGGUCUCAAGGAUGUUUAGCUAAACAGGAAGACGAUGUAUCAAGCUCCUCCUCGGACUCAGAUGACGAACGGUACGACCUAGCGGAAAGAUACGAUGUGGUAGACUCAGGGGACGAAAGAUACGAUGUGGUAGACUCAGGGGACGAAAGAUACGAUGUGGUACAGGAAGACCCUGCCGCACUUGGCACAGAUAAAAAUGGACAAGCUGCUGGUAUGAAGCGUAACGAUGCUGCUGUAACCCCAAGUGUCCAAGCUGGUCAGUUGCGCAACAUACGUCAAGCUCCACACAUUUACGCGGAGAAUCGUGGCGCACUAGCUAAUGGGCCUGGCCCAUGGUCUCCAGAAUAUUUAGAUAAACAGAGAGAAGAUGUUUCAACUUCCUCCUCGGACUCAGAUGACGAAAGAUACGAUCUAGUAGGCCUAUAAAAAAGAUUCCGUUUGGGCACCUUUAGUUACUCCAUUCUUUAAGAUGCCAUAAUGUACUUUACAACAUCAAGGCAGAAUGGCUUUUGAGUUGUUUUUUUUCUAUUUGUUGGAUUUUUUUAAAAACUAGUUUAGUUGCAAUUUAUUGACUUAAUUCAUUGAGCUGUCAUACAAAUUGUUUCACUGGAAAGUAUGGGUCUGUCGCCUGUUCCUGCAGCUGUUGGUUCCUGAGCCUAGUUCCGCGCCUGGCGUCCAGAUUCUAGCCUGUCCAUUGUUGCUCAGAUGAACCUUCAGUUGGUCUCCUCGAAGGCUGCUGAAAGAGAGGACCGAAUUCUUUUUGUUUUUAAUGUUAUAAAACAUGUUUUCCAAGAAAAUGUGCAACUCACAACACUUUAAUUAUGGUAUUAAACAAAUUGUUUAAUAAUGAUU